AUGCAAAUUGCACUCUUUUCUGUUGUGUGGGGGAUUACCGUGAUGCAUCGCUGUUGUGGCGUGUAUGAUUUGUGCUCCCUGCGUGUGGCCGUUGCUGCACCGAAUUUACUUUUUAUUUUGUGUGCGUGUCAGGGUUUAUGUGCCCACGUCCUCCUGCCGAGUGUGUGCGGGAUGACGGCGGUGCGACACGGGUGCGGGACCGUGGCGAGCGGUAUGCGUGGAGGAGCCCUCCGUGCGCACCACGUUGUUGUUGUUGGCUCUCUCCAACACUGUGCUGGGUGGGUGGCAUCCACUCGCCGUCGUUGUGGUGGUCCUCGUGCAUGUGGUGUGCAUCGAAUACUGUGCCGUCACACUGUGUGGGUGAGUCCCUUGUUGUGGCUUCGAUUUAUGACUGUGCCUAUUGUCUUUCUUUUUCUCAUUCUCCACGUUGGGUGGUUAUUGUUUAGAUCUAACUCAAACCAACUAAGGAAGCAAGGAGAAACAAUGUCUGGAAGGCCCGAGGAAGGACUUUACGGCAAUUUGGAGAGUCAAUCGUCCAAUGUCUCGCAGGGAGAUCGGAGGAGAGCGAGGUCGGAAUUUGAGAGUGACACAGAUUACUCCUCUGUGAGUCGCAGAAGAUUGGAGGAAAUGCAUCGACCGCAGUGGACCAUGAGCAGCAGCGUAAAGGACAUCCUGCUGGAGGGAAGCACUCUCAAGAACAACAUGAAGCUGAAUGAAUUCCUUCGGAGCAACUUGGGCGAUGAGUGGGUUGUGGAAAGAAAUGGGAACGUCGCUAUGGGGAAUUUUGUGUUGAUGCCCACGAUGUUUAUUAAAGACAAUGAAAUAUUGGACAUAAUAACGGCAUUGCCGUCAUACAGAGAGCUGAAAAUACUAUUGGAGGCUAUCAAUAAACUUGAUGACGAGGGUGUGGUCUUUCUCGAGCAAUGGAGGGACUAUAAAGGAAAGGAUACGGUCACUCUUCAUGCAAGGGGAAAACUAAACGGAGUACUCACGCAGGUACAGAGAGAAGAAAAGCGGGAGGCAGAAGAAAGAUUAAGGCGUGAGACAGAGGAAAGGCAAAGACGAGCGCAAGAAAUGAAAUUUACCAUUUCCACUACGAUCGAAGACGUACUGUUUAAAGGAAGAGUCCGCGUCAAGGAAAUGAAGUUGAAUGAUUUUCUUACGAUGGAAUUGGACGGCAGGGGCGCUUUGGACGCCAAUCGGGAUGUCUUACUGAAGGAGUUUUUCAAGGAUCCCAAGAAGUAUAUCCACGAUGAGGGAGUACUGCGCGAAAUAAAGACAACAGAUGCUUAUUUGAGGAUGGAGAGGGCUGUAAAGGGUGAAAUAAUCUUCGAAAACGAUCAAAGUAAGCUUGACGAUAAAGGUGUCAGCAAUCUACUUGGGUGGUCAGAAGCUGCUCCGGAGGUAAAGGCAAUUGUUCAUAAAUUCACUAAACAGACUCUGGAUGCAGCCCUCGAGGAAGUGAGGAACCCAACGACGACGAUUGCACCGAUUAAACUGGAGGGAUUGUACGAGUCUGUGUACAAUGCGAGGUGGAGCCAUGUGGUGGAGGUUUCUGACGGCAACGGAAUGGGAAUGAGGGUGGAGGAGGGGAAACCACCGCAGUCAUGGACGUACAGGGCGGUUGGCAACACCUUCGAAAAGAAUGACGGUGUGGAGCAAUCCGGUGCAGCAACUCCCGUGUUGAUGGUUCUUACCUCGGACAAGGGAUGGCCGUACUCGUGGAAUACGAUGCAUGGGGCUGGUAAUGACUUGUGUGUUAACUGUGAGGUGGAACGAGUGUGGCAAAUCGUGCUUGACGAUCUAACCAAGUGGUUCAGCAAUUUUCAUUUGACUCUCAAUCCUUCACCCGUGCGGCGUCUGUUGAUUGGGACGCCCGGGAUCGGGAAGUCGAUGAAUGCCGGCUCGUACCUCCUCUACCAGCUGCUGCACUACGAUGUCGAGAAAAUCCAAGUGGUUGCCCACUGUUUUGGAAGCACGAUGUACGUGUUUGACAAGACCAGCAGGACAGUGACAAAAUACGAGGGUAAUAAAACAUCCAAGAUUGUUUUGGGUGAUUUGUGGCAGCGUGGGAUGAAAGGGUAUAUUAUCUACGAUGUGGGAACGAACGGAACACCGCCCAACGCAGGUUUUGCGCCCUCUAAGGGAUGGGGCAUGAUUGUAGUGUCAUCGCCAAAGGUAAGCAACUAUGAUAAAUGGGCGGCGCAAAUUAGUUCCCUAAAAAUCGUAAUGAAUUGUCCUGAGAAAGACGAUGUAAAGGCGAUGUGCAUUUGGAUGAAGCGAGGUCUGGAACCAACUGAGCAAGCGGAAUACUGGAGGAUGGUUGAAGGUCGAAUGGAUAAAGUGGGACCACUUCUUCGCUACAUCUUUGAUCAGAACGUAUACAAAGAUCGGAUUGACUCGUGCGAAAGUACAGUUAAUAAAAUGACCUUGCCGGAAACCAGCUAUUACUCUGUUUUAGGGACUGAUAAAAUGUGUGAGGGUAGCCACGUCUCUCACAAACUUGUAAAGGUCGUACGAGUACGAGGAAAAGCAGAUGCAGAAUUGCCUUACAAUGCACUGAUUUCUUCUCACCUUGCAGAAUUAACGUUAUGCAAGUUGGCGGAGUUAAUGGUGCCGAAUGAUUUUAAUUUACUCAUAUUGGCUAUCAAGGACGACCUCAUAUCAAAAGUCCUUGAAGAUCAUUCCUUGUUUGCAUUUUUAAGUGCGGCCUUUGUAAAUGCAAUAAUACCGAAACUCACGGAGCUGAAAAGAACAGCAAAUGCUCCACCACAUCUCUGUGCGUUGAGAGUUUGUCCACAUGAGCGCCCUCUCAAGCCCUUUCUUUUAGAGUGCCUGGAAAAUUUAAAAAAGAAGAUUAAUAUAGAGUGUCGGGUGCUGUACAAACCAGAGGUUAAAAACUUUCCACUGGUGGACGGCUUUUUCUUUGUUGAUUCGCCGCGGAAGACGCUGGUUGGGCUGCAGAUGACUACGGCGAGUGCGCAUCACACCAUACCCAGCACCGUGCGGCAGUUCAAUGAGCGUAUGGCGGAAUAUUUUAAUGGUUGGGAGGAAUUUUCUGAGGGAUUGUCGUGGGAUAUUAUUUAUAUACAGCACGCAGACAGCACGCCGAUGAAUGGCUGGCAGAGAUGUGGUCCCGUCAAUCCCAAUAAUUUGACCCCCGCUGAAGAAGAGAUUGUGUCGUUCUGGAACGAAAAGGUGCACCAGUACCAAGUUUCUGUAUCAUCCAGAGACUUUAGAAGAGACGAAGCACCCCGAAGUGUGGAAGAACAACAACAACAGGAAACAGAUUAG